GUUUUUGUGAUAAUGGUUGGAAUACUUCGAGGUAUUUCUUGUUGUCUUAGUGAUAAUCAUUUGUAAAUCAGAGCUCUAGUAAUGWAGAAAGACGUUUCCAUCAUGAAGUAAAUCUAYUGGGUGCCAAUAAUUCCAACUGGACUCGGAAAAGCAAAUUUUCAGCAGUUCAAACAGCGCGUAAAUUUGAAUGAUUAACUUUSUAGCUUUUUGGCAGUUUGGGUUUCGAUUGUUUAGACUAGGAAUCCACGAUAUUUGAAGAACAGUUUUUGAAAGAGUUCAAUACCUUUCUAUACAGCUUGGGCUUCUCAAGAGAAUACGAAAUUACCAGUCAGAGACACCAUGAAUUUUAGUUUUGGYAAACGGAUUGAAGCUGUUGAUUGGAGAAAAUUAGCUGCUGUAGACCUUGACCGGCUUACUCGUGAGAUGGAUGUCAAAACUCUACAGGACAAUAUUAUGAAUGUGACAUACUGUAAUAUUGAAGCUGAAUUGGGUAUGCAUGCUGUUGGAUUUGAUCCCAAUUUCAUCAAGUUGUUCAAUCUAGCUCAGUUAAUUAUUGAAUACCUACUACAUUCCCAGGAAUAUCUCUCUAGUAACCUCGAAACAGAAGUGAAAAAAGUUCAAGAAACUAUGCAAAGUGCAGAAGAGGUGCGAAAAGAACUUGAGCAAAAGACAGAAUCACAGAAUAAAUUAAAGAAAGAAAACAAAAGACUAAAGAAAUGGGUAGCUGAGUAUCAGUUGAUGAUGAGAGCCGGGUCAAGUGGCAUUCAUAAGUGCCCUCACUGUGCCAAAGCAUUUGUCAGUCAAGAGUACCUGUCUGCACAUCUAUCACGCCGCCAUGAUACUGACACCACACACAUGAAUGGAUUUGUAACAAAACCUGUUGAAGUCUCCCCUAAACAUGUAACUAAUGGAGAGGUUGACCCWGAUAAGCUAGCAAUGAUGGAAGAGAUGAAGCAUAUCAAAGAAAGGCUAUAUGCUACUGAAAGAGAUUUGAUGAAUGAAAGAGCYGCAAGAGAAAGGAUGUCUACACGGGAUAAAGAUCAAGUUCUUACAGAUCAGUCAAAGCUUAAAGAAAUGGAAAACAAUUAUGAAAGAUGGAGAAGACAAGAAGAGGACAAACACCAGACAGAAAUGGAAUACCUCAAAGACUCAUUGAUGCAGCAAAUACAGGAACUCAAGAUUCAGAGUCAAGAAGAAAAGCAGACAUUUUCUCAGGCAAUAUCAGACUUAAAGAGYGACAUGAGUAAGUUCAAUGUUUUUAGUUUUAUCUCAUUUCUUUCUUAUUUCACUGAAUUAGUUUCGCCUUCUAUGAUUGGCUCAAUCAAGGAUGAGGAUGAGCCUGAUGGUGGUCCGUCAGGUCCAAGCAAAGAUGAAAUAGCGCAUAUGAUGAGAGAACAGUUUGAUCAACUGAAAAAGCAAAGUGAUGAAGAGAGACAGAAYGAAAUGAAAAGACUYAAUCAGAAGUGGAAGACAAAAGAAGAAAAAAUGAAAACUGACCAUAAAAAUGAGAUGAACAAGCUCCAUGAACUACUUUCCCAGUAUGAGGACAGAAUGAAGAAUGAUGAUGUACAACGAGAGCAGUUGAAGAAGAUGAUACAGGAUAGAGAAAAAGCAGUUGAAGAGCAGAAGAUUGUUGCUGAACAAUACCAACAAGCAGUAAAGCAACAGCCAGUAUUUGAUUCUCCUCCAGUACUGAAGAGGGAAGUCACUUUUUCAGAAGAGUCCCUUGAAAGAGACAGGGUUAAGACCCCAGAUUUCAAAGAUUCCCCAGAUUCUCUGACUCUGUAUGUUGCUGCCAAUAUAAAUCGAAGUCAAUACCGUCUAUGGAGACAGCGUGCCGAAGGAUCUAGUGAAUGGGUGGACAAGUUCUUUUUCAAUGCCUAUAUCAAGCCAGUUGGUCCAUUUAGUAUGCCAAUAUAUGUCCAUUCAGCUAGUGGUUCACCAUACUGGAGACAAUGUAUUACUGGUAGCUCUAAGCCUCCCAGUAAUGAAUACCGUCUGGACUACAUGUUCUAUGCAUCAGAGAGCCCUGUUCUUGGGGCCUUACAGUUACAUGUACUUGAUGGAGGGUCACUGCCUGUGUUACGCUCAUGCGUGUAUAAAAGCAAAGAGCUUCCAGGAUGGAAGUAUAAAGGGUUGUCAUUCUAUGUGAUGAAGUCUAACCAAGCAGUUGGGACUUUAUCAAGUUCAUGGGAUGGAAGAGAGGACUCUGAUGAAAGUGGUUCUGAACUAGAGGAAAUAGAACAGGUGAAUGAUGCUAUGAAAGAGAGCUUAGAAAGUACAUUGGACAGUAAAGAUAUAACAUCGGGUUUGUCAUCAUCAGAGUGGGGGACUGAAACACUACAGCGUGGAGAAUACCAUCCACUCCCRCAACGGCCAGAGAUUACAACUCACUAUGAUCAUUCAUAUGAUUCCGUGAUGGAUGCCCGGCAAGAAUUAGAGCAAGAAAUAGAACAGAGAUUUAUUAAACAUGGAGUUCAGCCGAGUGCUGGUCGCUUAUCAUCACAGAAGCUAGAAGCAGUUAUGGACGCUCUUGUACUGGAAAGAAAGACGCACUCUAAGAAAAUAAGAAACUUUGAUGAAACACGUAAGCGUGUAGCACAAGAAGCUGAUAGCAUAGCAAAGAAAUAUUACAAAAGAAAUGCUGGAAAAAGUGAAGAAGAACUGGAACCUCGGCAAAGUAGCAAGUCUCCUGCACCUCGUAACAAACCACCAACAAUGCGCGCUGCUGCAACAGCAGUUAGAGCAUCAACCUCACUUCAACAACAACAAUCAUUGAAAGGCUCUACGAGAAGUUCUGCGACUCUCUCAUCUACAGGGUCCCAAGAUAUGAUGACCACAGGAGACCAGACGUUUAGCGGUACAUCAGUAACUGAAAGAACGCUAAGCGAGUCAGAAGACGAAGACGACUAUAGCGAUUCAGAAGAAGAGGUCUCUGAAUGGGAUUCGACGGGCGGAAUUUCCCCAACUUCAGCUCCUCCUCGUCUUCAACCACGCUCCACUCCCGCCAACCCUAAAGUAUCKGUAAGAAUCCCUACACAGGAGGUUGAUUCUGAUCCUGAAGAAAUACAGCCKGUGACAGCAGGAAGAUCGUAUCCUCAACGUGGAAAAGAAAAUAUUCGUAACAUGGCGAAUUCAUUAGAGAGGAGUCUAGGUACCAAUGGUGUUGGAAAGAAACCUGUUGGAGGAGUGGCAAUGCCUGGAAAACAUGUGGCCGAUGAUUUUGACGACGACAGCGACUUCUCGUUAUCAUCAUCAAUCGACGAAAAGACUAAACCCACUCGAAUAACACGCGCUGAGAUGAAUAGCACAGGACCUCGAACUGAAACAACACCAGUACCUGCGCCUCGUUCAAAACCCCAACCAAGCCCUCGGAGAGAAGUCCCAAAACAAAGUACUUCAGCAGUGGAAGCGUUUUCUAUUGACGACCUUUCAGACUUUGACGACAGUGACCUCGAAACGCAUCAUCUUUAGCUGACAGUUUCCAGUUUCAACGCAAAACAAACUUUGUCUCGUGAAGAGAUAGGGAAUAUUCCGUAAAAUCGACAAAAAUAAAAAUAAAAUUAUAUUUGUUCGCUUUUGAUAAAGUAAGACGCUAUAUAUUAAAUUAACACCUGUUAAGACAUGUAUUUUAGUAUUUAUACAGUUUUCUAUGGCUUUCAUGUGGUGCUACAGCACUACAAGCGCUGCAAAACUAAAUCUCUAUCAGUAGUGUUAUUAUAUACAUGCUUUGUAAACUGAGAAAAUAGGAAAAAGCAUUAAAAAUGAGAUGUUUAUA